GUGCAGAGUUUGUCCGUCACAACUUCAACCUGCUCCUUGAGACUCUUGGGGAAAAAAAGUCUUUGCAAACUAAGAAGGGUGGCGACUUCACACCCAACUAUGAGGCCCAGUGUCCUGCUCAUGUUCCUUUGGGGGUUAGCCUGUGCUUUCCCUGUAGCCAGGUAUCAAAAUGAUGACUCUGAACAUUCUAAAGAGUGGAAGGGUCAUUUGGCUCAGGCAUCCACACCAGCCUUGGAGAGCAGUGAGUCAUCAGAAGGAAGUCCAAUUAGCUCAGAGGAACAGGCCGACGCAGACCCCGGCGACAGCCCGGAGUCCCAGGAGGGCCCCGACGCCCGUCACCAUGUCCAGGGACCGGCCGGCGGCCCCUCCCGGGGCGCGGGGGGACGCGGAGGAGCCGAGAAAGACGAGGACAAUGACGAAGAUGACAGUGGAGAUGACACCCUUGGGGACGACGGCCGUGGCCCCGGGCCCGAAGAGGGACAGGACGGGGGGCACUCCAGACGGGGGGGCGACGAGGACUCGGCCGCCGACACCACCAGCGAGGGGGACGAGAGUGCCCGAGAUGCCACCAGCAACAGCAGUGACAGCGAGGAGCCCUGGCUGGGCGGCGGCAGCCACGGGGAAGGCUCGGAGUCCGAGGACACGGGCAUGCAGAGCGACGACCCCCAGGGCAGCAGGAGCGACAGGGGCGGCUCCAGAGCGAACAGCCCCGGUGUCACCUCCACGGGGUCCAGAAGGCACGGCGAGCGCCCCAGAAAGUCCCACCUGUCGGAGGAAGAAGAUGACACAGGGGAGCCCGACGGGGGCCACACGGUGGAGGUAGCCCAGAGUGACUCCACGGAGAACAGGGACUCCAAGGAAGUGGCCCGGUCCCGGGAGGCCAGGGAGGACAGCCAGUCCCAGGAGGCCAGGGAGGACAGCCAGUCCCGGGAGGACAGCCACCACACGCCAGAGCCCAGCAGCGAGUCCAGCCCAGAGGCCGACGACAGCAGCAGCAGCAGCGAGUCCCAGGAGGAGGCAGCCACCGAGUCCAGGGGGGACAACCCAGAUGACACCGAAAGCCACGCAGAGGACCGGGGUGACAGCGACUCCAGCGAGUCCAGCGAGGAGGGUGGCGCCACCGUCCCCUCCAGCUCGGAGAGCGAGUCCAGCGAGAGCCUGGCCUCGGCCUCCUCCUCCUCCUCCUCCUCCUCCUCCGAGAGCCCAGAGUCCCCCCCGGGGGACGAGGACAGCUCCAGCCGGGACAGCGACUCCAGGGACAGCAGCAGCCCGUCCGGGGAAGACGGGGACUCCACCGCCGAGAGCCGCUCGAGCAGCGAGGAAGACGGCCGGCCCAGAACCGUCGAGAUAGAAAGCAGAAAGCUGACGGUGGACGCCUACCACAACAAGCCCAUCGGGGACCAAGACGACAACAACUGCCAGGACGGCUACUAG